AGCUUUUUAUUUCAAUUCCUGCCGGGCUCCAUCUUUGAGUAUAGAAGAAUGCCUUCGAUGCUUUGAUGCUCCACUAACAAUCGAUGCUUUUUUUUUUCUUUUUCUUUUUUUCUGGGAAUUAGGCUCUAGUCCUAAUACAUUCAAAGAAUCCCCCAAGUCAACUCAGUUACAUUUGGAGGAAACACUGCAAAAAACGAUGGCUCUCCUUGGUUCUCUGGAAAAAGAGGUGCGUUAAAACUACAAAUGAAGAACGGUUGUCCGAGGUAGGUGAUUCCGUGGAAGCGUGCAAUAGUGAUCUUUCUUUGCAUCUUUUGUCGCUCAUCGUGAGCCUGAAUCAGUCGGUAGUUGUUUUGGGACAGAAAAAGUCAGUCUACCGUUUCUCUUAUAAAUUGCCAAUAGGCGUGAGGUAACUGGAAAGUUGCAAUUUCGAACAAGCACGAUCGCUUCUGCAGCCAAAGAUCAUAGGAAUGGAACAUCUCGAAGGAAAGUCUCUCCCCCAUGGUGGUGAAUCUUCAUCAUCGUCAAGGAGGGAUUACGAGGUGUUCUUGAACUUCAGAGGGCCCGACACUCGCUUAACCAUCACAGAUUCUCUCUACGGGGCCAUGAUCCGGGCCGGAAUUUGUGUCUUCAAAGAUGACGAAGAGCUCCGUGUUGGGGAAGAGAUCGGAGGCGAGCUUUUGAGAGCAAUCUCCAAUUCAAAAAUUUACAUACCAAUCUUCUCUAAAGACUAUGCUUCCAGUAAAUGGUGUCUCCGUGAGCUCGCUUACAUGGUGGAGUGUAGGAAGAGAGGUGAGAAAGUGAUCUUGCCCAUCUUCUAUGGGGUGGAUGCAUCCGAUCUUAAGCUCAAAACUGGAUUGUAUGGCAAGGCCCUACGAAAGCAUAAGAGACAGUCUGGUGAAGAAACAGCGAAGCAGUGGGAGGAGGCCCUUAGAGAAGUCGCUAGAAUUAAGGGAUGGAACUUAACAGAUCACGGGCAAGAUAAACUUAUAACUCUUGUAUUGGAAGAAGUUUUGGGUAAACUGAUGCCUACACAGAGAAACUGGUGUGAUGGCUUGGUGGGAAUUCACGAUCGGAUGGAAGCCGUUAUGGAAUUGUUAGGCCUAGGUACUUCUGAUGUACGAUUUGUGGUGAUUUAUGGUAUGGGCGGUAUUGGGAAAACAACUCUUGCUAAGGCAAUCUUCAAGUGUAUCUCUUCCCAGUUCCAAAGUUGCAGUUUUCUUUCAGAUAUCCGGGGUAAAAAUAUUUUAAGUCUGCAAAAGACAUUAUUAUGUGAUAUUCUUGGUAUUCGACAUCCUAACUUUAUUGAUGCUGAUGAGGGGAGGGACAUGAUCAAAGAAAGACUCAAUGAUAAGAAAGUCAUCCUUGUUCUUGAUGACAUGGACAAUAGGGAUCAGCUCAUGAAGCUAGCUGGUAAAUCUAGUUGGUUUGGGCCGGGAAGCAGAAUUAUCAUUACAACUAAAAACACCUAUUUCUUAGCUCCCCAAAUCGACACCCAAGAUGACAUUAUCAUCCCACUUUAUCACCAAGAUUUCUCUUUUUAUGAAAUGAAGGAAAUGCAAUUUCACCAUGCUCUUCAACUAUUCAGCAAGCACUCCUUUGAAAGUGUCUCACCUCAACGAGACUACAUCAGUAUUUCACGUGAAAUUGUCGAAACUAUUGGAGGACUACCAUUGGCUCUUGAGGUCAUAGGUUCUUUACUCCAUUCAAAAGGCAAGAAAACAUGGAAAGACACAUUGACGAAGUUGAAGGAAGUGCCCGAUCGAGAUGUGCAGAAAAAGUUGUUGAUAAGUUACGAAGAAUUAGAGUACAAGCAACAACAAAUUUUUCUUGAUAUCGCAUGUCACUGCAUUGGUGAAGAAAGAAUCACCACAUAUUACAUGUGGAAAGCUUGCGAUUUUUUUCCAUAUACUGGACUCCGUGUUCUUAUUCAUUUAUCUUUGAUAAAACUCCAAGAUGAUAGACUGUGGAUGCACAACCAACUCAGAGAUCUCGGAAGAGCAAUUGUUUGGCGAGAAUCCUUUAAAGUUCCUGGAAAGCGUAGUAGGUUGUGGUGUUCAACCGUUGCCUUAGAAGUGGUUCAGAACAACUUGGGAACAAAAAACAUUGAAACACUCAAACUCAUAGGACUUGCUGACGGGCAUAAUUUUACAAGUGGCGAAUUUUCAAGGCUACCAAGUUUAAGAUUCCUUGAAUUGGAUGGGGGAAACUUUGUAGGAGACUUCAAAAAUCUUCUCUCUAAUCUAACAUGGCUCUCUUGGCAUCAUUGCCCUUCAAAACUACAUGCCACUAGUUUAUGUCUAAGGAAAUUGGCCGUUCUCAAGAUUUCAGAGAGCGAUCUUACUGAAGACUGGAAUGGAUGGGGAGCAUGCAUGGUAAAUGAUAACCUAAAAGUCAUAUAUUUGGCAAGGUGCAAUUAUUUAAAGAGGACACCUGAUUUCUCCAAGUGCUUGAAUUUGAAAAAACUGGCUCUCAAAAAUUGUACACGAGUGGAAGAAAUCGAUAGCUCUAUUAAUCAGCUAGGCCGCUUGAAGUAUUUGGAAAUCGAUGGGAAGGAUCAUCUGGCGCAGAGAAAUAUUUUUCCAGCCGUUCAUCUAUUACUAAACUCAAUUGGUCAUCUGAAAUCCUUGUCGGUGUUGAAGGUGGAAAAUCAGGAUGGUGUUAGAAAACUUCCUCCCUCAAUAGGAGAGCUACUAGGUUUGAAGCAUUUGUCUCUAAGUGGGUGUUGCAACCUUAGAGAGCUUUUCGAUUCCAUUGGAGAGUUGAGGUCACUCCUUUAUUUGGAUUUACAAGACACUGGUGUAAGUGCAUUACCUGAUUCCAUUGGAAGACUAGAAUCGCUACUUGAAUUGGAUGUAUCUUCUACACCAAUUGCAGAAUUACCCCCUUCUAUUGGGAACCUUAAACAGUUGAAGCUCAUGAUUUUGUCUUCUAGUAAGAUAAGAGAGCUACCGAAGAGCAUAGGGACUCUAGAGAAUCUCGAGGAGCUAAAUGCCAGAAAGUGUGACAAUCUUGAGGGCAAAAUUCCUAGUGAAAUCACAAGACUAUCCAAAUUGAAGACUCUGGACUUGUCUUGGACAAAGGUUAAUGGACUGCCAAUGACAUUCAAUCGGUUGUUCAACCUCAGACGACUUGAUUUAGGAGAAUGUAUGGAGCUUCAGUUACUACCAAAUCUCCCCACAAGUUUAAUAGACAUAAAAAUAUCGUCUUCAUCGUUGCAGGUAGUACCUGACCUCUCAAACCUCACUAAUUUAGAUCGUCUAAUAAUAAGUGAUUGCUCUUAUGAUGAUAAGUCUGUAACUAAACGAUCGUCCAUAAUGGAACAAGGACAAAUUCUACAUCCAAACCUCGAGUGUCUCGGAAGGCUUCAUAAAUUGGAGGAGUUAUAUGUGGAUCUAUUUGAUUUUGCCAUGCAUCCAACUGACUUGAGCUCCCUUUCUCGGCUCCGAUAUUUUGGAACAACUUGUACCGACCCACAGUCUCUGACUGGGUUUCCAUCCAAUUUAGUAGUAUUGAGCUUAAAAGAUGUGAAGACCCCAAUAGAAUGGUCAAUGUUCUCCAAUCUGGACAAUUUGUUUCAUUUACAUCUCAUCAGUUAUUGGUUAGGAGAGAUCGAGUUUGACAAUGUGCUCGGACAGCUAAAGAAACUCCAGAUACUGGAAUUGAGCGACUGUGACGCGCUUGCGAGGAUAUCCAAUGUUUCGAGCUUAAAAGAGCACCAAGAGCUGUGCGUGGAGUCCUGCCCGAAACUAAUUGAGAUUGAAUCCGAACGGCCUUCAACUGGAGAUUGCAGUUCCACGGAAAGGCCCAAUCCUGAUGCUCCAAAGCUAGAGAAGCUACCGCGGUUUACAAUCAGAGAUUGCGCAUCAUUGCAAAAGAUCCCAAAUGCAUGUCAUACAAAUGUUAGAAGAUGCCCAAGGUUAGAUGGUUUUGAUGAAUAAAGCGUCGUUUAUGAUAGAGAAAGGAUGGGCCCAGUGGAGCUUUUCGGCCUCCUCGACUAACUAUAGGCCUCUCCUAAAAAAUAAGGCCUUAGCCCAUAAAGGGCCUCUCGAGAGAGAGAUAAUUUCGGCCCAAGGCACCUUAGCCCAUCUUCUUAUUCCCUUCUUGAGCUAGUUCGGAGGAAAAAUCAAGAGCAGAAAAGAGGAGGAACGAGUGUGGAAUCCGAGAGCGAGCGGAAGAGGCUUUUGGCGUGAUUCGGUUCAGAGGCCAUGAUGAGCUAGAUUGGUACUGUUUUGAAGCACUCGAACUGUUCAGGGAGGCAUGGGAAAAUCAACUGUAGCUGUAAAUCUUGCAUAUACUUUGGCUGGAAUGGGAGCUCGAGUUGCUAUUUUCGAUGCCGAUGUGUAUGGUCCAAGUUUAUCAACAAUGGUUUCCCCUGAUAACCGACUUCUGGAAAUGAACCCAGAGAAAAGAAGCAUAAUUCCCACAGCAUACCUAUGAGUGAAGCUGGUAUCUUUUGGAUUUGCUGGACAAGGCCGUGCGAUUAUGUGAGGUCCAAUGGUUUCUGGUGUCAUCAACCAACUCUUGACUACUACCGAGUGGGGUGAGUUGGAUUACCUUGUUAUCGACAUGCCACCGGGGACUGGCGACAUUCAGCUUACAUUAUGCCAGGUUGUACCCUUAACAGCUGCCGUCAUUGUUACCACCCCUCAAAAGCUUGCAUUUAUAAAUGUAGCAAAGGGAAUUCGCAUGUUCUCAAAACUUAAGGUACCAUGAUGCUGUUGUCGAAAAUAUGUGCCACUUUGAUGCUGAUGGAAAGCGCUAUUACCCACUUGGUAGAGGAUCAGGCUCUCAGAUUGUGCUGGAUUUAUUUACAGGUUGUCCAGCAGUUCGGAAUUCCUCAUUUAUUCAAUCUUCCCAUUAGACCAACGUUAUCAGCCUUUGGAGAUAGUGGAAUGCCAGAAGUUGUGGCAGAUCCUCUAGGAGAAGUUGCCAAGACAUUCCAGGACCUCGGAGUGUGUGUUGUGCAACAGUGUGCCAAGAUUCGUCAACAAGUGUCAACAGCCGUAACUCAUGAUAAAGUUAUCAAGGCAAUCACAGCAAAGGUUCCGGAUUCAGACAAGGAGUUCUUUCUACACCCCACACCGUGAGAAGAAACGACCGAUCAGCUCAAAGUGUGGAUGAGUGGACAGGGGAGCAAAAACUGCAGUAUUCCAAUGUUCCAGAAGACAUCGAACCAGAAGAGAUUCAGCCAAUGGGAAACUAGGCCGUGUCCAUAGUUUGGCCAGACGGAUUUAAUCAGAUUGCUCCAUAUGAUCAGUUGCAAAUGAUUGAACGUCUGGUCAGUGUUCCUGCUCAGUCGUGACACAUUCAUCCAACUACAGUCGUAGAUUGAGGCUUAGGUGAGAAGAAUUGGCAAACACUAGAAUUCUCUCGAGAAUGUAAUCGGCAUCGUCUUCCCUCUACCCACCCCGAUGGGCUAGUCGACUAUAGGCAGCAGAUUGGAGGCUGCAGAGUAGCUCGAACAUAUGAACACAGAGAGAUACAUUCGAACCCGGAAAGCCUCUAUAUAUGUGCUUGCUCUCUCUCUUCUUGUUUCAUUUUCUCUUCGGUACUUUGUGUAAGAAUCUCAGAACAUAAGGAAUUCCAGUACAUGAUGCACUUGCUUCAUUUUUAGUAUCCAUCUGUUGUUCUUGCAAAACCAGUGUCCCCCCGCUCCAUCACUGUCUGCCUAACCUGGCAUAAAAAAUAGUUGUGAAAUCUUUUGGUGAUAUAUGAAAUGAUUUAUGGAUUUGGUUUGUGAAUUA